AUGAGAUAUAUUAAUCAUUUACCUAGAGUUCCUAUUGAAUGUAAACAUUUAAGAAUUGGUAUUCAAUUGGAUGAUUUAAGUGUAUUUGAACCAAUUGAAAUAGAAGAAGUUAUGAAAUUAAAUUUAAAUGAAUCUAUAUCAUAUGGUGUAAAUGUUGAUAUGUCAUUACCUGAAGUUAAUUAUGUACCUUUAAUUGAAGAACAUGAUAUAAUUCCAAUGGAUGAUAUAUUAUUUGGAAUUGAAAAAAAAACAAUACAACAAAUUCCAUUAACAUCAUCAUUUGAUGAUAAAUUAACAGCAAAAGAACAACUUGAAAUUAUUCAUCAAUCAAUGAAACCAACAACUCAUUCAUCAGUAAUACAAGAAGAAUUUUUAGUACCAACUAAAAUGUGA